AAAUACUCCCUCCGUCGUCCCAACGCGGUUUCGUGCCUUCAUGGAAGCUUCGUGAUGAUAUCGACUUGCUCACUACAAUCCCACACUGUAACACAUAAAGCUGCCCUAGCUAUAGCUCGAUGUGUGGCUGUGGCCUGUGGGCCGUGUAUAUAGCAACACCCCACUCGGAAGCCGCCUCACCGGCGGCGAGCUGCCAGCAGCCUGCCACUGCCAAAUCUCUAGAACCGUACCGGUGAUCCUCCGUCCAUGGAAGGCGCGAACGACGACGGCGCCACACCGCGUCCAGCGGCUGAUCGAGGCAAGGAGGAGAAAGCGCCAGCCCCACCACCACCGCCACCGCCGCCGAUCUUAGGCGAGCUCAACGGCGGGCACCGCCGAGGGCAGAGGAGGCCGCUCCGCCGCCGCGUCCGCGUGAGCCUCCGCGCUCUCGCCAUACUGACGAUGGCCGCGGCCGCGUGCCUUGUCGUCGCGGAAGCUCUCCUCGCCGUGCCGCCCCCUUCGGCGGCUCCGUGGAUCUUCACGGCCUUUGUCCUCUGGAUCAUCGGCAAAGGGCUGCUCUUCCUUUCGUUCAUGAACUGAUGACACACGUGCAGUCGGCUGUAUGUGUGUGUGUAUAUGCUCGCCCGCGCGCGCGUGCCGGAGGGUUGCAUGCCGGUUGCCGUACGUACACGUGCAGUGGCGGAUGCGAUCGGCAGCAAUAGCUCUGGCAUUUGGGGGUCUCUCGUCUCUUAUUCCUCCUCGGCAUCCUCUUGUCGAUCGAUCUAGAGGCUAGAGCUAUAUAUUGCCGCCGGUACAUCACUGUAUCUUUUCUUUUCCUUGCGCAGGUUAAUAAAAGACUCUUUACAUGUAGCGCGCCGACUAUAGAGUAUGUAUCUUGUUCAUCUUUUCAUCGGAUCUUUGCAUGAAUUCAUACAGCAAAUUGAUAUGUA